UUUGCUGUAUCAAGUCACUUCUGUUUCAACGGGCAUUGUGGUUCCCCCGCUGCAAGCAUGACGGCCACCCUGUGUCAAACGAUGGGAUUUUUCCUAGGAUUCCUGGGUAUCGCAGGAAUCAUUGCCUCCACCGCAAUGGACCAAUGGAAAGUUCAGGACUUAUAUGACAAUCCGGUAACAUCAGUCGUCAGCUCCAUGGGCCUGUGGCGUUCAUGUGUCACCGAGUCAUCGGGCUUCACUGAUUGUCGGCCUUUCUUCACUAUCAUGGGACUUCCAGCACUUGUGCAGGCAUGCAGAGCAUUGAUGAUUGUGGGCAUCGUGCUAGCCACCAUUGGUAUAUUAGUGUCUAUUUUUGCUCUGAAGUGCAUCAAAAUAGGAAACAUGGAAGACAAAGCAAAAGCAAACCUCACUCUGACAUCAGGAAUCAUGUUUGCUGUGGCAGGUGUCUGUGCCAUUGCUGGUGUCUCAGUAUAUGCUAACUCCAUUGUGAACAACUUUGUCAUUCAGACUGUAAGCAUCAACAUGGGUUCUCUCCAAACCCGAUACACUUUUGGCCCCGCCCUCUUUGUGGGAUGGGUAGGAGGAGGACUGCUCCUUGUCGGGGGCAUCAUGAUGUGCGUCGCCUGCAAAGCAAUGAUGCCUGAGAAGACAAGAUACAAUGCAGUUUCCUACAAAGCUCCCACACACAACACCAUUUACAAAUCGGGUGGAACCUACAAUGAAAAUGACUACAAGAAGAACAUGGCCUCGAGCGAUGCAGGCAGGCAGUCCAACCCUGCCAAGUUUGAUUAUGUUUAAAUGGUUUCUGAAGUUCAGACAAGACUUAUUCGGGGAGGUGGGUUUCAGGGUUUUUUUAAAAUGAGUUACUGCCAGUUUCAGCACAUUCACUGAUGACAGCAACAAAGACACACUUAAGUAAGCAUUGAUUCUGCUUGUGCCAUUUCUAUCCUUUGGUUUAUUAUAUUAUAGCCUGCACUGGAAAAGGCUGGCAGCCACCUCACAUGUAAUGUUCUAUGCAGAAACAAAAAUGGAAUGCCUACAUGAUGAGCCUGGCACCUUAUGUUACAUUAUGUCUUGGGCAGCUUGUUCAAUUGCUCAGUUACUUCUCAUUAUGCUUCUCACUUCUUAUAACUCUCUUCUGUAGACAAAAAAUCACUUGCUUUUCCCUUCUCUUCCAGCAAAAUGUUGUAGAGUAAUAUGAACAUUUUGAGUCAUUGUCUUGUCAUACUCUUGCCAGCUUUCAUCCCUACAGGUAUUUUGUAGAUUUUUUCAUAGCAUCUUUUCAAAGAUCAUAAUAGUUACAAUGUAAUAGAGAAGAACCAAAGCCGUACAUUUGGUAUGCUGCCCCAGGGAGGCUAGCUGAUAGUUCAUAGAUUUGAAAUGGGUUGUUUACCACAAAGGCAUAUAUGCAUAGGCUGGGAUAGUGUUGCUGCCCGGCCAGUGAUGCUCAUUCAACUGCUCCACAUUACUCAAUUUUGCAAUCUUUACCUGUAUUUUUGUGGAUUUAUUACUCAGUAUGUCUCCUGCAAAUUCUGCUAGGUCUAUGUCGCCCAAAUGAAGUGACAAAAGGCUUAACUUUAAAUAACAGGACUUGUUAUUGAGUUUCUAUAAUUUUAUCUGAUGGGCUAAACAAAUUAUUCCAUUUGGUACCUUAAUAAUGAGGUUUAUAAAUGGUAUGAAACAACCUUUGGACAAAAUUCUGAUUCUAAUUAGUAUAAAUAGAAAACUUUUUAACUCACUGGAUUGAAACAAGCCUUGAAAAGACUAAACAUGUGUAUGUGUUGUCAGAGUGGACUAUUUAAAGACAAAAAACAAAUGCGGUGCAAGAACUGUACUAUGAUCCUGCAGUGUAUGUGACAAUAAAGAUGCAAUCCAAUUUAAUCUAAUCUAAGGAGUGUUAGUGAUGAAGGUGUUCAACUAUAAACCAAACAGAUGACAAUUUAGGCCCCAGAAGUGGGGUAUUAUACAACCCUGAAUAAGGCAUUUUAAGUGCAAGCAUCCAGUUUUGAUCUGUAAAUAAGAAAAUACUUAAACUUGAAAUGAUGGGUCCUUUUACCUUUUUAAAAGUUGUAAUAGCUGCAAACAUCCAGUUAUACAAAAAAUUGGAAUAUGGCGAGUUAUAAUUUACUUAUAAUAAAAGCAUUAGCUAAAUACAUUGUAACUAAUGAAUAAUAAUGUUAAAAAUACAAAUGCAGGUCCAUAAAUCCAAUGUAGUCAGAAACAUGGAGCCCCAAUGUCCUGGCAACCAAUACAUCAGGCACUUGCUAUCUAAAAUGGCACAACCAGAUAUCAGUAAUGUGCUCUUUACACUGACUAGUCUGACACUGUGGCCACCACAGUGGUGAGUGCAACUGGCAGAUUAACUGGAAGGAAUCCGGGACUUUGAUAGACUUGCUUUUUUGUGUACUGCUGUUUCACUGUAAAGUUGCAAAUUGCUCUAACGUUGUGUACCCACAUGUGGAGGUCACAAUUACAUUCAUUUAAAGUAAAAUCUGUUUUUUUACAUUUUUUUAUUUAAGAUUUGCUGUUGCUACUGCUGUAUACUAUAGAACUGAAUACAGAAUAUUGAGCUGUACACUAGAAAAUACUUAAACUUCAUGGAUUCUUUAUUCUUUUUUAAUAGCAGUAAUCCUGAGAGAUGAUGGUUUGGAAACACAGGCUAAAAAUAAGGCAACAAGAAAAAAGUGUAAAAGCUUCAGAGUUACACAAAUAUUGUGAAUGGUGUUCCUGUCACCAGUGCACUGCCAUCAAAUCCCAUUUGCUAUGAAUAGGAAAGCUGGAGGCAAACAAGGACAGGCCCUGCUUUCAGUUUGGAGAGAGAAAAAAUAUUUCUGGUGUGCUUUAGUACGUCAUGUUAGCAGGACCCACAAUCUUCUAUCUUUCUGUUUCCCCACCCAUCCAUUUUUCUACCAAGUUAGAGGAGAAUUCAAUUGGCAAUGUUAGCUGAAAUAAUUUUCAACAUAUGUUAGCUAAGGAGACAAUUCACUUCUAAACCUGCUUCAUUUAAUUCAGGGUUUUGGGACAUUGGAGCCUAUCCAGAAAUACUGUGUGAGUUGCAGGAACCAAUUAUGGAUGGCAUACCCUCCAUUGCAUGACUAUUUAUUAUAAAGUCUUUGGUAUCUGUUAGUUAAUAAACUGUUUUGCAUACCUAUCUAUCAAUGUCUACCACUUAAUCAUGAAUCAUAGAUAGAUAGAUAGAUAGAUAGAUAGAUAGAUAGAUAGAUAGAUAGAUAGAUAGAUAGAUAGAUAGAUAGAUAGAUAGAUAGAUCUAUCUAUCAUCAUAGCUUGCUUCAGGAUCCUAUCUCACUAGAGACUGGAACAACUUUGUCAUAUUGCCAUUUGUAAAUAUGUCUCCAAAUGAGUAACCUUCAUGCCCAUCAUCUCCUAAGUGCAGUUCUUAGUUGCUGCUCUUACAUAUUUUCACUCUACUGAAGAGUUUUCUCAGUGGACAUGACUUAUGCAUAAAAAAUACAUUAGGUAUUAUGGGAUGAAAAAAGAUGGCUUUGAAAAGCUGACAGUCACCAAAUGUGUUAAAACAGCACCUGCAAGUCAGAUCUCAGGCUGCUGUGACAGUUGUGUAUCUCUGCUGUAGUGGGUGUUGAAGUGAUUUACUUGGUCUGCCUUUUUAAGCCAGUGUCUUUAGUGCUUUUCUUUUUAAGAGAUACUAGCCAGCUCGUCUAGCUUUGAUACAAAUCAUUACUGUAUACAAAAAUUGUAGAAAUUUCCUAGACUCUUGAGUUUACAGAGUGAAUGCAUUGGUUUUGGACUGUAAAGAGAAGGCAUGUACUGUAGUUGCCUCAUGUUCACUCAGUGUACAGUGUAAUUCUAAACUUUCAUAUUUCUGUGUUCUUGUUGGAUAAUAACAGACUGUCAUGGAGUUGCAGAUCUCUCUUUCUCUCUGAAGAAUUAUGCUAGACAUUGGCAGCAAGGAUGCAUUACUCUUUCCAUAUCUGUACAAGCUUAUUUUGUAUUACCUUUUGAAAAUGUAUGACUGUUGUAAAUUAAACAAAAGUAAAAACACUGUUAUUUUCAA